UCUUUGUUCAGCCUUUUGCCCAAACGAAAUAUGGAUGAUCUCUCUUUGUUCGGCUUUUUCGUCAAACCAGAAUAAAAAAUGGAGCGUCUCUCUUUGUUUCCGUCCGAAUCAAAUAUGGAGGAUCUCUCUUACGAAAAUCUGUCUCGUCUAGUCAAAAUCCCAGAUCUCCUUUCUCGUUUGCUAGCUUUAAGGCUUGAUGGAGGAGAAAAAAAUGUUAGCUUUCAAUGGCUCGGCCCACACUUUCUAACUUUUCUCAAAUAUGUAGAAGAAUUAUUGCGUUGCUUCUAUCCAGACUGCUGCAGACCAUUUACUAUGCACAAUCCGUAUUGUCUGUUGAAGCGUCUCGAUGAUUCAGCCUUCGAUUGCAUCUUAUACGAAGCGAUCUUUUCUCAUCACGAUAAUGAACAUUACAAAAUCUUUUUACAAAUCAUUCUCACUUCCAUGCCAAAGCUUAACGAGUUUUUCACGAUUCAAACAUCCAUCACAAAUAAUUUCAAAGUAAAUAAACAUUGGGAAAUCUUCAUCGAGUUUCUUUUUGAAACUAUUCGAGAAUUGCUUAGUUGCCAUAAGGAUUCCACCGUUCUUGUGAGUAAUCAACUCAAAUUUCUUCAGAAGGGGUUGAAAUUUCUGCUCACCUUUAUUUUUUAUCCAAUUCCAAGCUAUGAGAAAGAACAGAAGAAGAGUAUAUUCACAGAAAUUGAAGCUGUAUUUAAUGAAGCAGGACUUUUCUUGCAUUCUUUCUUUUUCACCACAGAUCUUGUUACCACCACCGAAAUGGAUCUUGCAAUUUCUGGUCUGUUAGAAAGGAUUGAGAUUGUGCUAGUGAAGAUUAAAUAUUACAGUAUUUCAGUGUCAAGUGAAGUUGGAAUUGGAUGCCUACAAGUUGCAGAAAGUCCAACUGAAGUAUCAUCAUCCCAAGAUAACAGCAGUCCCAUGGUAGAAGAGAUCAUUGUGAGCUUAGAGGACACGACAACACAAAUUGUGAGCAAGCUUGUUGGAGGACCAAACUACCGCCAGAUUAUUUCCAUCGUUGGAAUGGGUGGACUUGGCAAGACAACAUUAGCAAAGGAAGUAUACGAUCACUCCAGAGUUCGGUACCAUUUUCAUAAGCUUUGUUGGUGUGUUGUUUCUCAAACUUAUAAAAGGAGAAAGCUGUUGACUGAUAUUUUGAGUUCUGUAAGUGAUCUUAACAGAGACGACAUUUCAGAAAUAAAAGAUGAAGAAGAGUUGGCCGAACUUCUUUACAGAAGUUUAAAGGGUAGAAGAUACCUCAUUGUUGUGGAUGAUCUAUGGGAGAAAGAAUCAUGGGAUGAUUUGAAAAGGUUAUUUCCAGAUGAUAGCAAUGGAAGCAGAGUAAUGAUUACCAGUCGGCUGAAAAAUGUGGCAUCGGAAAUUUCUCAUGUUAUCAUUGAACCUCCUCCCCUUUCACCAGAGGAAAGUUGGAAAUUAUUAGAGCAGAAGGUGUUCAAAAAAGAAUGUUGUCCUCAAGAGCUGCAAGAUAUUGGAAAGAAAAUUGCAGCAAAUUGUAAGGGAUUACCACUUUCAGUAGUUUUGAUAGCUGGAAUUCUUUCAAAUAUGGAGAAAAAAGAAAGCUUAUGGCAACAAGUUGCUAAAAGUUUAAGUUCUUACAUUUCCCAAAAAGCCGACGACUACAUUCCCACAUUGAAACUUAGCUACAUCCAUUUACCAGAUCACUUGAAGCCAUGUUUCCUCUAUCUUAGUGCAUUCCAGGAAGACGAGGAAAUUCCAGUUCGGAAGCUAUUAUUACUAUGGAUAGUCGAAGGAUUCAUAGAGAAAAGGGAGCAAAAGACCUUAGAAGAUGUAGCAGAGGAGUAUUUAAUGGAACUUAUUAACAGGAGCCUACUUCAAGUGUCCAAAAGAAGAUCUGACAAUGGAGUAAAAGGAUGUACUCUUCAUGAUCUAGUUCUCAAUAUGUGCAGCAAAAUGGUUGUAGAAGAUGAAAAUUUUCUAUUUCAACAUCAAUUCUUGGUAUCUAACCAUCGCCGUCUCCAUCACUUGUAUAUGGGUCAGUUUCAUCGCCUCUUGAUAUCGGAGAAUAUUUUCGAGGCCUUCUCCAUUGCUUAUAAUUUGGAAAAAAUUAGGAUCUUUGAUUUAAACACUGAUGGAAAUCUUCUACGGGGAAUCAGAUUUGUGCCUGACAUAAGAUACUUGGAAUUUUUAAAAUUAGAGCCAUCAAUAGGCAAACUCCAUAACCUUGAAUAUCUUUGUUUGCAUCACAUAAAUGUAGUACCGACAUACCUUCUCAAUAUGCCUAAGUUGAGACAUUUAAGGGUCGGUAUCUACUUUAAAGGUAGCUACUAUGAUGGUGCAAGAUUCACUAAGAACAGUGAUAGCUUCCGAAUAAAUUGCCUACAAACCCUUGGUCUGGUUCAGAUUGCCGAUUUGGAAGAUGAAGAAAUCUUGAGAUGUUCGCCUAAUCUUCGUAUGCUUAAAUACAGAUCAAUGGACAAUUACUUUCCUGAUCUCAACUUUCUUUCUCAGCUUCAAACACUCACAAUUGCUGGAACACUGUUAGGAUGUGAUUACUCGAUGGUUAAAUUUCCUAUGAAUAUCAAAAAGCUUACUCUUAUUAACCUUGGUUUGCCUUGGGAAGAGAUGUCAUUAAUUGGGACAUUGCCCAACCUCGAGAUUCUGAAAUUAGAAAACGCCUUUUCAGGAAAAAAUUGGGAUACGAAGGAUGAAGAGUUCCGAAAACUCAAAUUCCUUCAAUUAGAUUUUGUACAUCUUGAACAGUGGAAAUCGUCACACGUUCAUUUUCCUGCACUUGAACGAUUGGUGUUGCUAGAAUGCAAAGUUUUGGAGAAGAUUCCUUUUGAAUUUAGUUACAUUUCAACACUACAGAGGAUUGAGUUACUUUAUUGUGGUGAAAAUGUUGAAACUUCAGCUCUGGAAAUUCGUCAAGAACAACGGGAUUAUGGUAAUUCAGAGUUUGAUGUGACCAUCUAUAGCGAUUGGUGGUAAAGACAACUUUGUUCUACUGGUGUACACUGUGUAAGUCAAAGCUCAUUCCAUCAUUUUUUUGUUCCUGAAAUAAACAUUUUUAUUAUUGAUUUUAAAAUUUUUAAAAUUUCCUUGCAAGAGAUUCCUUUACAUCCCACACCUCAUGAUUAGAAAAUAAUUUCGGGCUCCAUGUCAAUUGUUAGUUGUUUUUCUUUGUAGUUAGCAUGAAGUUAUGACUUCUUUAUUGUAAGUAAAAUAAAUAAUGAUCCGGUUGCAAAUUGUACUACAUUAUGGUUAGUUUGACAAGUGAUUGGAUCUAUAUUAUGGUCUAAGCUCAUCUCACCAUUGUCAGUGGAGUCAAACAGCCCUUGAUGGUUUCCCACCCAUCCAAGUCAUUCCAUACUGCCCUUGCUUUCAAACAAAGAAAUAAGGCAUGCAUGCUAUCCUCCUUCGGAUGUUGCAUUUAGUGGUUAGUGCAUUGUAGAAAAUUCUCCACGCUAAUAUUUUGAUUAUUGGGACAACAUUAAGGCGCCAAACUUGAGAUUCUGAAAUUAGAGUUCGACGUCUUUGAGGGAAAAUCUGGAACACAGGAUAAUGAGCUCCAAAAGCUAAAAUUCCUUGAAUUAUUGUGUCAGAUCUUGGACAAUGAGAUUCCUUAAAUGUCAUUUUCAUGUACUUGAACGACUGGUGUUGAGAUUUUGCAAAAAACUAGAGAAGAUUCCUUAUGAAUUUGCUAUAUUUAAACACUACAAGAGAUUGAGGUAUAUUAUUGCGCAAAAAUUUCUAAAGUUCAGCUUUGCCAGUUCGUGAAGAACAAUGGGAUUACGGCAAUGAAGAUUUUGAAGUGACCAUUUAUAAGAGUACAGAUUCUUUUUGAUAGAAUCUCAACAGAUUUAUGUUUGUCAAGUUUUCAUUUGCAGUUGAAAAAGAAAAAAA